CAGGUAGGUAUUUUGUCGCAUUAGAUUUCUAUCUAUUUUAAACUUUUUAGUUUAUGCUUAAAUUAAUCUUGUUAAAUUCACUAUACUUGAUAUGCGCCGAAGAAUUCGUUUCAUAUUAUAAACCAGAUGAACCACCACCUUUCAAGGAAAAAAUAAAAGGCAAUCCUCUUCACUUUGUAUCCAAAAUAAAUUAUCUUUCACUUGACAAAAGAGUUAAUGGAGAAUCUAUUUCCUCUAAAAAUGGACUUACACCAUUGACAGGUUCUUUGGCGGGAAUAGCUUUGGUGGCUAUGAUGGCACUGAUUGCUUCUCUCUUUAUAUAUCAAAGAAAACGUGCUUAUAACAAACCCAAACUCAACUCAGAAUACAUUCCAAAAUCCAAGGACCAUAUAGGUAAUGGGAAAGAUAGUUUCAUGGCUAAUGGGUCUGGGGGUUUACUUUAUGAUGAAUCAUCAUUGGAUAAAAGACUGGCCCAAACUGCUCAUCUUUACCAAUACCAACAUCAAAAACAGCAAAUGCUUUCAUUGCAAAAGCAAAUGUCAGUUCUGAAAGACAACGAAGAAGCUGAUUCGGAGGACGAAGUUGACGAGGAUGGAGAUUACACAGUAUACGAAUGUCCCGGACUUGCUUCGGCUAGCGAAAUGGAAGUCAAAAACCCGUUGUUUAAUGAUUCAGCCGCCAAUGCAUCUAGUCCACCGUCUUCAUCUAGGGAAUAAUGAAUUUAAGUCGUCUCAUUAUAUAUAUUCUAAUUUAUAUGUCCUAAAAAUAAUUAUUUUUAUUUAAUUAAUAAAUAUUUUUUUAAACAUUCAAAUCAAACAUUUUAUCUUAGUGCAAUAUUGAUGGAACCAAAAUGCGUAUAUUUACGUUAAAAUUAUAUCUUCAUUAUUAUAAGCCGGUUUUUAAUUUAAAAAAAUUAUCAAAUUGUUUUUUUUAACCAAGAUAAUGUAAUUAUUUAAAAACAUAAUAUUUCUAUAUUUUUAUUUGACUACCAUUCCAAUUAUAUGAACAUCUAUAUAUUUAUUUACAUUUUAAUUAUA